AUGCCUCAUUAUGAUCCAUGUAAUCGAGGGCAAGGCCGGAGAAAUAUCCUUGUGCCCUGCUCCAACAUAAAUGACAUCGACGUGGCCGUGGUUGAAUUUUUAAAACCCGUGCCUAGAGGUCCAGGACCCACUGAUGUAAUCAGUGUGAAAAAUGUCAAAAUGUAUGAGGACAGGAACAAGGUAGCCCACCACACGGACAAGUACAAAAACAGCAGCUUGAUCGUGCGUCGGGGACAGGAGUUCAUCAUGGGCAUCGAAUUCAGUCGUCCAUUUAGUCCUCAAAAAGACAGUGUCAACAUUGAGUUCAUGAUUGGCAGUAACCCCAGUAGUGUCCAAGGAACCUUGAUCACUGUGAGCCUUAAUGGGGAUUCCAAGAUGAGCAACUGGAAAAGCCGUGUGUUGGAUUCCAGCUGGACUGAGACCACAGUGGCUAUUACUCCAGCCUCAGACUGCAUCAUUGGCCUGUUCAGCACCUUCGUAACAGUUGUAACCCCAACAAUGAAACAACGCACCAAAAGAAACCCCAAAACAGACUUCUACAUCCUCUUCAACCCCUGGGCCUCCUCCGAUGAGGUUUACAUGGACAAUGAGAAUGAGCGGGCAGAGUAUGUGCUGAAUGACACAGGGAUCAUCUUCAAUGGAGUGGUCGAUAACGUAAGCAGUCGACCGUGGAACUAUGGACAGUUUAAGCCUGGAGUUCUGGAUGCUUGCCUUUUCGUUUUGGAUUUUGGGAAAGUGCCCCUCCAGUUCAGAGGAAGUGCUGCAAAACUGAUUCGGCAGGGCUCAGCAAUGAUUAACUCCCAGGAUGACGAUGGUGUUCUGGUGGGUAACUGGAGUGAAAACUUCUCUAAUGGUACUGCGCCCUCAGCCUGGACAGGCAGUGCAGAGAUCCUGCUCAGUUAUGCCUCUAAAGGUGGUGUGCCUGUAAAGUUUGGUCAGUGCUGGGUUUACGCUGGGACGUUCAACACCUUCCUCCGUUGUCUUGGGCUGCCUGCGAGGGUCAUCACCAACUACUGCUCUGCUCAUGACAACAUGGGUAACCUGAAGACUGAAAUUGUGCUGGAUGAGGACGGGAGAAUGGACACAGAGCACACAACAGACUCUAUCUGGAACUUUCACUGCUGGAAUGAAGUGUUUUUGAAGAGGUCUGAUAUACCUCCAAUUUAUUCAGGCUGGCAAGUGGUGGAUUCUACUCCUCAGGAGACCAGUGAUGGUUAUUACCGCUGUGGUCCUACGUCUGUCAGAGCCAUUAAAGAUGGAAUGCUGGGCUAUCAGUUUGAUGCACCCUUCGUGUUUGCUGAGGUAAAUAGUGAUGUGGUCUUCCAUAAACGAGACAAGUACGGAAACACAAGAAUUGUCUCUACAAAUACCACCUACGUGGGACAGCUCAUUGUGACCAAAAGCGUCGGUUCCAGUACGGCUGAUGACAUAACAGAAAAUUACAAAUAUCCUGAGGGCAGUCCUGAAGAUCAGCUCACCAUGAAACAUGCAGAAUCUCGAGGCAUGGACAGAUACCAACCCUCACUGCUGGCCAUUGACGUCCAGCUGCAAGUCUCAGCCAACCAAAUCAACCAGGGCAGAGACAUUGGCGUGACCGUAUACCUCACCAGCUUGAGCACAGCGCAUCGGUCUGUCAAAGUCAGCCUGACCUGCAAAGCGGACUAUUACACUGGGGCCACAAGGUCCAUCUUCAAGACCUUCACCAAAACCAUGAAUCUGCCGCCUUCUCAGGCCAAGCAGGAGACCUUCAUGGUGGCUGGUGUGGAGUACGAGGCCUUGGACGGAGGCAAUUCUUUUUUGUCCUUUGUUGCAUGUGGAUUAAUUGAGAACACGAACAUGUCCCUCACGGCAAUGUCCACGCUUCGUCUGAACACCCCGCCACUUUCCAUUGAGAUAAGUGGAACCUCUGAGGUCGGAACAGACAUUUUUGUGACAGUGUCAUUCUCCAACACCAUUGGCUAUGAUCUGAACAACGUGACCCUACGGAUGGAAGGAUCAGGCCUCCUUCCUCUGAAAACUAAAGAAUACAGUCAGAUCGCUUCAGGUUCUUCAGUGAAGUGGAUCGAGUCGUUCACCCCUCAGUACCCUGGGAAAAAGAAGCUGGUGGCCUGCCUGGACUGCGCUGCUAUCAGAAAUGUGUGUGGCCAGCUGGACAUUGAUAUAAAUCCUAAAAAUGCAGGAAUUAACUAA